AUGAUAUAACAUGGUCUUACUAUGCUAACUUAUUUACAGUGUGUUUAUCAGCCAUAAAGAAACCUUAGUUUAGAGUUGGAAAUAGAUAGCCUAUGAUAAUGAAAAUAAAAUAUAAGUUACCGGUACCUACUGGAUAAGGCUGAAUAUUGAAAUCUUUUGCUGAUAUGAAGUCAUCGAAGAACGGCGACGAUGUGGCAGCCAAUAAGGUUGAUGCGGAAUUGGAGGAGGAGUCCCCGCCGCACAACAUGUUGACCGACUGGUGUCCGGAACAGUCGCCCAAAACACACCCAACUUCUGGUGCACCCAACAUCCGGUGUCACCGAGCCUGUGCUACUGACGUCGAUGAUGGCCAGAAUGGAAAAUGGAAUAGGAGAUCGUGGCGGUCACUGCCGAGAAGUCACGAGUCUUUGAAUUUCAUCCAGUCUUCUUCAUCCAGUCGUAAUUCUCAAGAUACCAGCGCUAUCCAACAAAACAACCAGGUGGAAUGCGGGGCCGCAGGCGGCUAUAACUGGCAGGCAACCAAGAUGACGGUUAAGGAGCGGUUCGCAUUCAUGUUCAACAACGAGUUGCUGGCUGACGUGUGGUUUGUCGUCGGCCGCAACAUGCAGCGUCAGCGCAUUCCCGCGCACCGCUUUGUGCUGGCCGUGGGCAGUGCCGUGUUCGACGCCAUGUUCAACGGCACACUGGCCACAAACGCCACAGACAUCGAACUGCCCGAUGUGGAACCGGCCGCUUUUCUCGCCCUGCUCAAAUCCUUAUACUCAGAUGAGGUACAAAUUGGACCAGAAACGGUGAUGACAACUCUAUAUACUGCCAAAAAGUAUGCAGUACCCUCUUUGGAGAAGCACUGUGUCGAAUACCUCAAGUCGAACGUCAGCCCUGACAACGCCUUUCUGCUACUGACUCAGGCGCGCAUUUUCGACGAGCCGCAACUAGCGGCACUCUGUUUGCAGACAAUCGACAAGUGCACCCUGGAGGCGGUUCAGGCAGACUGCUUCAACGACAUAGAUCGUGACACUUUGCUGCUCGUCUUGGACCGAGAUACGCUGCGCAUCCACGAGGCCAAACUUUUCCACGCUGUCAUCAGGUGGUCGGAGGCGGAAUGUGGCCGACAAGAGUUGGAUGUGACGCCGGAGAAUCAGCGUCGUGUGCUGGGCAGAGCCGUCUCAUUGGUGCGCUUCCCGCUUAUACCUGUCGAGGAAUUUGCCGGUCAUGCCGCUCAAUCAGGGCUGCUCACCGAUCAGGAAGUGGUCAGCCUUUUCCUGUACUACCACGUGAAUCCAAAGCCGGCGAUUGCGUUUAAGGACACUCCGCGCAUGAUCAUAGGCAAGGAGCAGUGCGUGCGUCGCUUCAAUCAGAUUGAGAUGCGCUGGGGAUACAGCGGAACCAGCGACCGUAUCAGAUUCACGACGGAUAGACGCAUUUUCGUGCUGGGCUUCGGGCUGUACGGCUCCGUCCACGGGCCCACCGAGUACGGUGUCACCGUCCAACUACUGAAGGCCGCCUCCGGCAAGGUCUGUGCGUCCCACGCCACCACAUUCACCUGCGACGGGUCCAACUCCACGUUCCGAGCCCUGUUCGAGGAGCCCGUCGAGAUACAGGCCAACGUCUGCUACCUGGCCUGUGCCACGCUCAAGGGGCCAGACUCUCAUUACGGCACCAAGGGCGUGCGCAAGGUGUGUGUGGAGUGUCCGAACAAAGGAAAGGUGACAUUCCAGUUCUCUUAUGCUGCCGGCAACAACAACGGCACCUCCGUUGAGGACGGACAAAUUCCCGAAAUACUCUUCUAUGUCUGAUGGGUGAGUUGUCUUUUAUUCUUCAACGACGAGAACUGAAUCCUUUCGGCCUGAGGUGCAUGGUCGCUGAAUAUUUCCUAUGUUUUGUUAUAAUAUCAUAUUUGAACUGAAUUUAAUACCAAUCUGAUAAUACCAAUGUAUGGCUAAAUAUACAUGUUUCAACAGCAUUGAUCAAAUUUAUA